GGCGGUAGCGCAGCUACCUCAAACUUGGUGCACGCAUGUGUACACUUCUGCAAAGAAACGGCGUGCAGCAGCCAACCAGGAGGUAUAGCGGUAGAAUCAUGGCACUGAACGCAGACGACGAUGACUUCGAGUGGACACCCCCUUCAGAAUCUGAGAUGAAGGUUAUUCAUGCUCAGCGGGAACGACAGGACAAGAUAAGCAAGCUCAUGGGCGCCUACCUUCUCAAAGGCUACAAGAUGUUAGGAGAAUGCUGCGAGCAAUGUGGGACAAUUCUACUUCAGGACAAACAAAAGAAGAAUUACUGUGUUGCAUGUCAGGAGUUGGAUUCUGAUGUAGACAAGGACAAUCCAGCUCUGAAUGCCCAGGCUGCCCUCUCUCAGGUCAGAGAGAGACAGCUGGCCUCUCAGCCGGGACCCCAAGUUCAAGCCAAUGACGCCCUUUCGAGUGAUUCCCCGCUCUCCAUCACAGGGCAGCCCAGACCAGAGCACUGUGAGGGUGCUGCGUCAGGACUGAGAGGACCCCUACCUCCAUCGGCCAACCCAUCCACUGCACCCAUAGUGACUCCCAACUUCCUCCCUCCGUCCAUUCCCUCCAUCCAGCCAGUCCAGGCCCCCGCCCCCCUGGUUGCCCUUGUUCCUCACCCAGCCCUGUCCAGUGCUGAGGAAGCAGUGCUGCACAAGCUGCGGUGGGCCACGCAGGAGCUCCAGCACUCUGCCUCAGUAGAGGCCAGCAUCCAGCUGUGCAGCCUGAUCCGCAGCUGUGCAGAUUCACUGCGCAGCCUGAAAGAGCUCCACCAAUCAUGAGACUGAGCUGAGGGCGAUUCUAAAAACAGAAACAAGGCAUAAACACACGCUGCUUGAUUCCCUUUGCUAAGGUUUUGUGACGUUUGAAAGGCCUACCCUCUAACGGUAUAGGUUAUUGUAAUAAACUUGGACAACUUUCUCUGAAUGCAUCGUUUGCAUUUUGGUUAUACAUUGCUGUUUUUGGUUUGCAUUCUUCAAUGUGGAUUCAAGGUAAAGUUUUGAACAGACUUGCAUGAUGAGAAUGGGCACUUCUGAGUGGUUGAAUAUCUUUAACUAAAUAAUAGUUGAAUGGUGUUUGACUGAUUGGUAUAAAUGUAUUUCAGUUGUUUAUAAAAUCAGAAUUUAUCCACA